CUUGUUCUCUCUCUCUCUCUCUCUCUCUCUCGCUCUCUACACUCCGAUCGUCCUCGCAGACUUUGGCUUCCCAUGGCUCUGUGCAAGCGAAAGCCUCGCGGCGCUCUUAAGCACAUCGUCUCCCAAUUCGAGCUCUUGAAGCAGAACCGCUCGACGUUGCCUUCUUUGAUCAGCGCGCCGAAGCCUACAGCUGCUGCUUCUUCUUCUUCUUCUUCUUCUUCUUGGCUCUCGAAGUUGAUCUGCGAUCCGCGCGCCAAUUGGGUUAGCAGGACGCCUCUCUCGUCCCCACGCCGUUUCGAGUCGACCGUGGCCGAGAAGCUCCCGCGAUUCGCAAAUGGUGUCCCCGACAGCCUGACAUUGGACUUUCCUGGUGGUAAAGUUGCAUUCACACCUAAGAUGAGUUUCAUAUCCGAGUCUCCCAAGGAAAGGGCACAUUGCUACAGGGUGCUAGAUGAAGAUGGUCAGCCACUAGCUCGCAGCAGCUUCAUACAGGUCAGCGAGCAAGUUGCUGUAAGAAUAUAUAACGAGAUGGUUACGCUUCAAACAAUGGAUAAUAUCUUCUAUGAAGCACAAAGGCAAGGAAGGAUCUCGUUUUAUGUGACCUCAAUGGGAGAAGAAGCGAUUAACAUUGCAUCUGCAGCAGCUCUCACAUUUGAUGAUCUUGUUUUCCCCCAGUACAGGGAACCUGGAGUUCUCCUCUGGCGUGGAUUUACAUUACAAGAAUUUGCAAAUCAAUGUUUCGGAAACAAAGCUGACUAUGGGAAGGGCAGGCAGAUGCCUGUUCAUUAUGGGUCUAGCAAGCUAAACUACUUUACUGUUUCAUCAACAAUAGCUACACAAAUUCCCCAUGCAGUUGGUGCAGCAUAUUCUUUGAAGAUGGAUAAAAAAGAUGCUUGUGUUAUCACUUAUUUUGGAGAUGGUGGUUCUAGUGAGGGAGAUUUCCAUGCUGCUAUAAACUUUGCAGCAGUUCGGGAGGCCCCAGUUAUCUUCAUAUGCAGGAACAAUGGAUGGGCCAUCAGUACGCCGACCUCAGACCAGUUCCGAAGUGAUGGUAUUGUUGUUAAAGGCCCGGCAUAUGGAGUACGCAGCAUCCGGGUAGAUGGUAAUGAUGCUCUUGCCAUGUAUAGUUCAGUUCGAGCUGCUCGUGAAAUGGCAAUUGGUGAACAGAGACCCAUCUUGAUUGAAGCCCUGACAUAUCGAGCGGGGCACCACUCAACAUCAGAUGACUCCACCAAAUAUCGUCCUGCCAAUGAGAUCGAAUGGUGGCGAACAGCUAGAGAUCCUGUAAGUAGACUUAGGAAAUGGAUUGUAAGUAAUGGUUGGUGGAGUGAGGAGGCCGAGUCGGAGCUCAGAAGCAAUGUUAGAAAGCAGCUAUUACAUGCAAUUCAAGUAGCAGAGAGAGUUGAGAAGCCACCGAUUUCUGACCUUUUCACAGAUGUUUAUGAUGUGCCUCCAUUGAAUCUACGAGAGCAGGAGAUGUCGCUGAGAGAAACCAUCAAAAGAUAUCCACAAGAUUAUCCAGAGGACAUUCCUGCUUAGAUGGGUUUGAAUUAUAACAAUCAUGGACGUUAUUGCUUCAGAGCUCAGCGCAAAAAAUGUGACUCUCGAGGGUUCUUUCAUGUGCCCAAUAUAUAUAAUCCAUCAGCUCUCCCUUUUUUGCUA